UUUUCUCUUACAGUAAAUAGGAGUUAAAUUUACGAGUGGUCCAGACCCGUCCUGUCAUGUACAGAUAGUCUGCCUUUCUCCAAAGGGGGAAAAUACCUUGUUUGACACAAGAAUUAUAAUACAUUUUGAUCUGAAUUAAUUAAAAUUUGACACGUUAUCCAAAUCAACUAAAUAAAAAGACUAACUCCUAAACUUACCUCAAAAUCAAUAUUCUGUUCACAAGAUCAUCAUCAUGGCUUGCCAAUUUACUGUAACAACUUUAUUUUAGAUUGCAUUAUUUUAUUGGCAUCUCUCACCCCGACAGCUGCCUCACGGUCUUUAUGCAGGUAGCUCUCCAGUUGAACAUCCUCCAUUAUAACCCGAAAGUGUACCAUCACCUACUGUACAUUAUUCUCUGUCCAUCUCUGUGACUGUCACUUCUCUUUGACUGCCUCCCAUCUAAGUCAUGGACAACUUUACUUUAGAAACACAUUUUAUAGCAUCUACUGUAACUUUAUUUCAACCCGAUCUUAAUGUCUGUCACAGCACUGCUCUGUUGACACGUUGUUAGCAGCUGUAUUUUAUAUUUUCUAAUUAUAUUUUUUUCUGCUGAUUUUCGGCAGCAGGACUUGACAAAUAGCCAUAGUGAUUUAGGGGGCGCCCAUUAUGUUAAUGAUCAAAUAUCAGGAACAUGCACUUCGUCAUGGACAGGUGGCACUCAUCAGACUGAAAUUAACGAUUUAUGACAAGUUUUUCCGGUUAAGAGAGUUUGGUGAAUCUGACUUGGAAUAUUUAUACGAACAAGCCUCACAGAUAUGAGUUUUGGUAUAAGAAUAUGAUGUAUGAGGCCCAUUGUGUGAUAAAUAGUUGAGUGUUUGGUCAAAUGACAUUAGUAGGCUAAACUGGCAUGUUUAAGUUCAAGGUACAUUUGUUUCAAACUAAAACGAGAAGCUGCACUGAGCACACUCUCGAAAGGAGUUGUUGUGGGGGGGGUUUAUGUUCAGUAUACACAGUAAAUUGCUUCAUUCAGAGACAAACGUCAGUUUUAUUUUGAAGGCAAACCAAAUCUAGCACGGAAGCGUGCAGUUUUAUUUCUGCCAGACUGCACAUUGACCCGCCCACCUGCCAGACAUCCUUCCUGUAUGAGCAUCUGUCCACAGUAACUACCGUUAUAGCCUUUAAACUGGUUACCUUCCUCAACUAUCUAGAAGACGAGAGACCAAAGUGAAUAAACCUCAAAGGUUCAUUCAGCAUCCUUUACACACUUCAGCAGACCAACUGCCGCUAUGAACUAACCAGGAGCCAGCAGAGAACAAUCUGCUCCCAGCUAGGAAGUGUCAAACUACAGCUGCUGUACAAGGCCAGCAUUCAUGGUUUCACCGGCGCUGCCUUCCACCAACGAUGUGACAACCGCUGUCCCACAGUGUCUGUGGGCUAUAACACCUCCGGUUAUGUGUUUGGAGGCUACACCAAACAACCUUUCAGUCAGUCUGGACAGUACGUGCACGAUGACCAGGCCUUUCUUUUCACCUUCAGUGGAGAAAAGCUCCUCAAAUAUCCGGUCACUAGUGCCACCUAUGCAGUGAGAAUGAUAAGUAACUCUGGUCCAUAUUUUGGAGAAGCAUUGGUUCUUGUCAAUGGAAGCCAAGCAGUAGUCUAUAACAGUCCAGGAAAUUAUUACAACUUUAAUGCUGCAGAAAUGCAUGGCAACGACCUCAACCUGACUGAGUGUGAAGUCUAUCAAGUGGAGGAAACUACAGAACUUGAGAGGCCAUGGAGGACUAUAAUCUGGAAAUCCGAGAAGAGGAUGGAGCUGAUGGAGAGUAUUAAGAGCUACAAACCCACAGUCAGCUCCGUGUCCCAGGUUCGGGUCCUGCUCAUUGGACCAGUUGGAGCUGGAAAGUCCAGCUUCUUCAAUUCCAUCAACUCUGUAUUCAGAGGCCAUGUCACCAGCCAGGCCAUCGCUGGCUGCUCUACCACCAGCCUCACCACACAGUUUCGCACCUACUCUUUGAAAGCUGGGCGAGAGGGAAAACCUCUGCCAAUCAUCUUGUGUGAUACCAUGGGAUUGGAGGAAAGCACAGGGGCGGGGCUUGAUAUAGAUGACAUCGGCAGCAUCCUUAAAGGUCAUCUGCCAGAUCGUUAUCAGUUCAACCCUUCGGCUCCUCUGCAUUCGGAGGCACACAGCUAUCGUAAGUCUCCAGCGCUCAAGGACAAGAUUCACUGUGUGGCCUACGUCAUUGAUGCCUGCAAGGUCUCCAUCAUGCCCACAAAGCUGGAGGAGAAGCUGGAUGCUAUCCGCAGAAAGGUCAACUUAAUAGGGAUUCCUCAGCUGGUCCUGGUCACUAAAGUAGAUGAAGCCUGCCCUUUGGUGACAGAGGAUGUGAAAAACAUUUAUAACAGUGGCUACAUCAAGGAAUUGAUGCAGGAGGUCGGUGCUCGGCUCGGCGUGCCAUUGUCCUGUGUUGUUCCGGUGAAGAACUACAGCGAAGAGUUGGAGUUGGACCCGAACAGCGACAUCCUGCUGCUCAGCGCCGUCAUCCAAAUGCUUCGCUUUGGUGAUAAUUACUUCGAUGAGAUCAGUGACCAAUUCAGAAAUAUUGAAAUCAAAGAAUAGGAAUUGUUUAUGCAGCAGAUGUUUAUACCUUGUCCAACUGAAAUGAAAUGUCCCUCACAAUGGUCCAUCCAUUUACCAGCAGGUGAUCCUGCCUAGUGCUAGUUCACUAUGCACCUCCCCCUCCCCCAAGCACCCCUUGGAAUGCUGGGAGAUGUAGUGCCCCUAGUAUGUCCUGGGACUGCACAGCACCUCCAGUUUCUGGCUUCAAAAACUCACUGAGCUGAUCCUCAUUUUGAUUGUGUCCCUCAUCUCCAAAAUAUUCAAUUUUCUUUCUGAUUCUGUAGUAAAUUCUUUAUUAUAAAGGGUGCUAUUUCAUUUUUACAUUCAGUCUAAAUACUGUAAUUUAUCGAAUAUCAUUUGUACAUUUAAAGGUUUUAUUACAGUGUUGGCUCAUUUAAUGGGACAUUUCAUCACAGAUGAACAAGUUUGACAAGCUAACACAUUUAUAUGAUAUUUUUUACUGCAUUAUGACAUUAUUAAGUUUUGCAUCAUCGUCUUUUUGUUCUUUGUUUCUUGUGAUUGAGGCUGCAGUCACAGUCACAGGUUCGGAGCAGUUUAUCAGAGCUCAUGUGCAUUGUCUGAUGUGUGUGUCCAGAGAAGAAUGAUGAUAUUUCAACUUUGGUGGCACCAAAUAAUAGCAUACAUCUGAUAAUCUGAGUCUCAGUCCUCUAAAAAGAGUAUACAUUUUUCCUUUGCUCUGGUCUCCUCACGUACUCUUUAAUACAGUUUUGAUGUUAAAUUAGACGUUUCAGCAAUUUUGACUGCAAGGUGCACACAUGGUGCUGUGUAAUGCAGUGUAAAAUACACAGUUAAAAUUGUCAGUCAUGAUGUUGUAUAGAGUUAUACACUGGGUUUUGAUGUUUUGACAAACCUUAUAUUUUUUUUCUUACGGGAUAACAGAUUUAUGCUCACAAAUGAAUAAUUUGUAUUCAAGUAUACAAAUGUCUAAUUUGAAAAACAAAAAUAAUCAUAAAUGUUGACUCUGAUAAUUUUCGUAUGUUUGUACUGGAGCUCAUAUAUACACUGACCCGAAGACUAAAGCCUGAGUGGGAUCGCAGUCAGUGAGUCAGUUUGUUUUUCCAAUUUUACUUUCAGAUUAAACAAAUUACAUAUGGUAAAUUAUGUAUAAACUAAACAUGAUUUAGCUGCAUAUUUGUGUCGCCCAGAUUUCGCAGUAGCUACAAAACUUUGUCCUGGUACACAGUAUGGAAGUACUAUUAAUGUACCAAUAGUUUCAAGAGUCAAAACAUAUAGAUAAUAUUUACUACAGACUCCACAGCCAUCAGCAGUGUUAACUGAAAACAUUCAUGAAGUCAUUUCAGUGCUUGUUUUUUUCUUUUUCAUCAAGCCUUGUAGUAAUAAGUCCUUUUCUCUACAGUAUUUGAUGUUUUUUGUGAGGAAAACAACUUCCCAGUUUCUCAGUUGUUUGUCUCAGUAGAUAUAAUCAUGUUUGUUGUUAUGUUGCAUGUUAGUAUAUUCAUCUUGUUCUUCGAGUUGUAAACACACUCAGUGACAAUUAAAGCUCUUGCUGACCAGA